AUGUUAAAACUAACAAACGCCUUAGGAUCGAUAAUUGUAACCUCUCUGGAGCACAGACGGGUUUCCAGUUGUAUAGUUGGUGCGUUGGAAUGUCGCCGGACGGGUAUAGAAUUUUCCCCAAAACGGCUAUCUUCCACAUUUUUUGGUACAACCGCUAACUCCCAUCACUCUACGGUCAGCUUUUUCGUUACCCGGAGUUACGCCAAAAGUAAAGACAAGAAAUCAAACAAAGGUCAAAAAAAGGUAACCAUUGAUGAAAAUCUUUUAGCAAAGCACCUGAAUUACAAUGUCAUGAAAACUGAAAUGGAAAAAGCAGUGGUAUCAUUAAAAAAUAGCUAUAUUAAAAACUUAUCACUAAGAUCUUCUACAGGAGCAUUGGAUUCAUUACCAGUUAAAUUUGAAGGAGAUGAAUAUGUUAUACAAGAUUUAGCCCAGAUUCUUAGAAAAAAUCCAAAAACUAUAAUUUUAAACAUGUCAUCAUUUCCACAAGCGAUUCCAGCUGUUUUGGAAUCAUUAAAUUCUUCUGGUAUGAAUUUAAAUCCUCAACAAGAUAAGACUUCUAUAUUUAUACCAAUACCUAAAGUUACAAAAGAACACCGAGAAAAUUUAAGUAAAGGUGCGAAAGCACUUUUUGUUAAAAGUAAAGAUAUCAUUAAAGGAAUACAAAAUAAAAAUAUAAAAUCACUUAAAGACAAUGACACUUUAUCAACAGAUUUAGUUCACGAUUUACAAAAUCAGAUUACUGCAUUGGCCGAUAAAUAUGUAUCCGAAGCUGAACGAAUAAUGGAAGAAAAACAAAAUGAACUUAAGGGUGACUCAUAAUAUUUGUUAAUUUAUUAAAUAUAUAUUACGUCUAUGGGGUAAAUUAUGGUUCUUGAACUCUAUGUAACCUAAGAAUGAUAAAUUUACUUUAUUUACUACUAAUAUGAGUAUAAUACAUGUUAUUUUUUAGUUAAAACCAGUUUUCAUGUUAUAUGAAUCAUCA